AUGUCCAACAUGAACCGCAGAGAACUUUCGACAGUUUCCAUAGCAAAUCAAAGAUUAGCGAAACUGUCCUUUAGUAUGACCGGUCCCCAAAAUGACAAACUUGAUUUGGACGCUGCUAUCGUCGGAGCUGGCUUCUCGGGUAUUCAAAUGCUCCACCACUUACGUGACCAGUUAAACUUGAACGUCAAGAUAAUUGAUUCUGGCUCCAGCGUAGGAGGAACUUGGCAUUGGAACAACUAUCCCGGCGCGCGAGUAGACUCCCCUGUACCAACUUAUGGAUUCGAUAUAGAGGAGGUUUGGAAAACCUGGGACUGGUCGGAAAAAUACCCCGCACAACAAGAGCUCGGGGCCUAUUUCGCGCACGCCGAUCGAGUCCUAUCGAUCUCAAAGGAUUGCAUUUUUAAUACAGAGGUGACUGGAGCAAGCUUCGAUGGCGAAAGAUGGAAUAUCAUAACCAAUACUGGAAAAGCAAUCAGAGCCAAAUACCUCAUUCCCGCGGUCGGGUUUGCUGGGGAAUACACUCCGCAGUGGAAAGGUAUCGACACUUUCAAGGGCGAUAUUUACCGUCCAUGGUUUUGGCCGCGUGAAAAGGUCGAUGUCAAAGGGAAACGCGUCGCAGUCAUUGGAACCGGACCAACAGGCGUUCAAAUUAUCCAAGAAUGGGCAAAGGAUGCAGCUGAGACGUUCGUCUUCCAGCGAACUCCAAAUAUAGCAUUUCCUAUGCGCCAAAAGAAAUUGGAUAAGAAGGCACAGGACGAAUUGAAAGCCGAGACAGCCAACCUCUUUGCUAUAUGCAGGACUAGUGCGACUGGAUUCCCCUGGCAGAGCCCUACUAAACCAUUUGCGGAUUAUUCUCCCGAGGAGGUCGAGGCAAUCCUCAGUAGUGUGUAUGACGAAGGAGGUUUAAAGUAUUGGACUGGCGGAUGGUCUGGUUUACUGGUGGAGCCGACAGGAAAUCGUGCGGCCUAUGACUUCUGGGCUAUGAAGACUCGUUCGCGUAUUCAAGACCCCGUCAAGCGUGACCUGCUAGCACCUCUAGAGCCGCUUCACCCACUCGGAGUCAAGCGUCCAUCGCUUGAGCAAGACUACUACGAACAAAUGGAUAAGUCCAACGUCCACCUUAUCAAUACCAGAGCGCAUCCCGUUGUCGAAUUGACACCUACAGGUAUCAUGACCGAUGAUAAUGUCUUGCAUGAAGUGGAUGUCAUUGCAGUAGCUACCGGGUAUAAUGCUACAACCGGAAGUUUGGCACGAAUGGGCAUUAAAGACGUGAAUGGCGUGGAUAUCGGGGAGCGAUGGAAGGAUGGCGUGACGACUUUUCUAGGAAUGAUGGUCCCUGGAUUUCCAAACAUGUUUCUCCCAUUUGGCGCUCAUGCGCCAACUGCGUUUAGCAAUGGCCCAACCUGCAUACGUAUGCAGGCGGAAUUCAUUAGGAAUUUGGUGAAGAAGACAGAAACUGAAGGCCAUCAGUCUGUUGAUGCUAGUCCUCAGGCUGCUCAGGCUUGGACCGCUCAGAUACAUGCGAUUGCAGAUAGAACUCUUGUUACGCAGGCUGACUCAUGGUAUAUGGGUGCAAAUAUUCCUGGGAAGCAUAGAGAAUUUCUCUAUUUCAUUGCUGGAUUGCGGGCUUAUCGCCAUUUUUGUGGAGAAGCCAUGGGCGCGAAGUUCGAUGACUCCUUCGUAUUUCAGUCUUAG